GCAUGGAGCGCGGGCGCUGGGCCCCGCGGACUUUGCUCGUGGUGCUGCUGCUGCUCGGGGCGACGCUGAGGGGACGCGCGGCGGUGGGCUAUUCCCCCCGCUUCUCGCCCUUCUUUUUCCUCUGCACCCACCACGGGGAGCUGGAAGGGGACGGGGAACAGGGCGAGGUGCUCAUUUCGCUGCACGUUGCGGGCAGCCCCACCUACUAUGUACCAGGACAAGAAUACCAUGUGACAAUUUCAACAAGUACCUUCUUUGAUGGCUUGCUGGUGACAGGACUCUACACAUCCACAAGCGCUCAGUCUUCCCAGAGCAUUGGGGGUGCCAAUGCUUUCGGAUUCGGGAUCAUGUCUGACCAUCAGUUUGGCAACCAGUUCAUGUGCAGUGUGGUGGCUUCUCACGUGAGCCACUUGCCCACAACCAACCUCAGCUUCGUCUGGAUUGCCCCACCUGCUGGCACAGGCUGUGUGAAUUUCAUGGCUACAGCAACACACAGGGGCCAGGUGAUCUUCAAAGAUGCCUUAGCCCAGCAGUUGUGUGAACAAGGAGCUCCCACAGAGGCCCCGACACAUGCACACCUAGCUGAAUUACAUAGCGACAGCAUCAUCCUGCGAGAUGACUUUGAUUCUUACCACCAACAGGAAUUGAAUCCAAAUAUAUGGGCUGCCUGUAGCAACUGUGAGCUUGGAGAGCAAUGUGGGGCGAUUAUGCAGGGCAGCGCUGUGACCUUCUGCGAACCGUACGGCCCGCGGGAGCUGAUGACCACAGGCCUCAACACAACAACAGCUUCUGUCCUCCAGUUUUCCAUUGGGUCAGGUUCGUGUCGCUUUAGCUAUUCAGACCCCAGCAUCCUCGUUUCCUAUGCCAAGAACAACACCGCGGACUGGAUUCAGCUUGAGAAAAUCAGAGCCCCUUCCAAUGUCAGCACCAUCAUCCACAUCCUCUAUCUUCCCGAAGAAGCCAAAGGGGAAAACGUUCAGUUUCAAUGGAAACAGGAAAACCUGCACGUGGGAGAAGUGUAUGAAGCCUGCUGGGCCUUAGACAAUAUCCUGGUCAUCAAUUCAGCACACAGACAAGUUGUUUUAGAAGAUAAUCUCGACCCAGUGGACACGGGCAACUGGCUCUUCUUCCCAGGAGCUACGAUUAAGCAUAGCUGUCAGUCAGAUGGAAACUCCAUUUAUUUCCAUGGAAAUGAAGGCAGUGAGUUCAAUUUUGCCACCACCCGGGAUGUAGAUCUUUCUACAGAGGACAUUCAGGAGCAAUGGUCAGAAGAAUUUGAGAGCCAGCCUACAGGGUGGGACAUCUUGGGAGCUGUCAUUGGUACAGAGUGUGGAUCGAUAGAGUCGGGUUUAUCAUUGGUCUUCCUGAAAGAUGGAGAGAGGAAACUGUGUACUCCUUAUAUGGACACCACCGGCUACGGAAACCUAAGGUUUUACUUUGUUAUGGGAGGGAUUUGUGACCCUGGAGACUCUCACGAAGAUGACGUCAUCCUGUAUGCCAAGAUUGAAGGACGAAAAGAGCAUACUGCAUUGGAUACCCUUUCCUAUUCCUCUUAUAAGGUUCCAUCUUUAGUUUCUGUGGUCAUCUCUCCUGAACUUCAGACUCCUGCUACCAAAUUUUGUCUCCGACAAAAAAAUCAUCAAAGCCAUAACAGGAAUGUCUGGGCCGUGGACUUUUUCCACGUCUUGCCUGUACUCCCUACCACCAUGUCUCACAUGAUUCAAUUUUCCAUUAAUCUUGGAUGUGGAACUCAUCAACCUGGGAACAGUGUCAGCCUGGAGUUUUCCACCAACCAUGGGCGUUCCUGGUCUCUCCUCCACACUGAGUGCUUACCUGAGAUCUGUGCCGGACCACACCUUCCCCAUAGCACCGUCUACCCCUCCGAGAACUACAGUGGGUGGAACCGAAUAACCAUUCCGCUUCCUAACGCUGCGCUAACUCGGGACACAAGGAUUCGCUGGAGACAAACAGGACCGAUCCUUGGAAACAUGUGGGCAAUUGAUAAUGUCUAUAUUGGCCCAUCAUGUCUCAAGUUCUGUUCUGGCCGAGGACAGUGCACUCGACAUGGUUGCAAGUGCGAUCCUGGAUUUUCAGGCCCAGCGUGUGAGAUGGCGUCGCAGACAUUCCCCGUGUUUAUUUCAGAAAGCUUCGGAAAUUCCAGGCUGUCUUCUUACCACAACUUUUACUCUGUCCGUGGUGCUGAAGUCAGCUUUGGCUGUGGGGUCUUGGCCAGUGGGAAGGCGCUGGUUUUCAACAAAGAUGGGAGGCGCCAGCUCAUUACAUCUUUCCUUGACAGCUCACAGUCCAGGUUUCUCCAGUUCACGCUGAGGUUGGGUAGCAAGUCGGUCCUGAGCACCUGCAAAGCCCCCGACCAGCCCGGAGAAGGAGUUCUGUUGCAUUAUUCCUAUGACAAUGGCAUCACUUGGAAACUGCUGGAGCACUACUCAUAUCUCAACUAUCAUGAGCCCAGGAUCAUCUCUGUGGAGUUACCGGAUGAUGCAAGACAGUUUGGAAUUCAGUUCCGAUGGUGGCAACCCUAUCACUCUUCCCAGGGAGAAGACGUGUGGGCCAUCGAUGAGGUCAUCAUGACCUCUGUGCUUUUCAACAGCAUUAGUCUGGACUUCACCAACCUGGUGGAGGUCACUCAGUCUCUGGGAUUCUACCUUGGAAAUGUUCAGCCCUACUGUGGCCAUGACUGGACCCUGUGUUUCACAGGCGAUUCUAAACUUGUUUCAAGUAUGCGUUAUGUGGAAACACAGUCAAUGCAGAUAGGAGCAUCCUACAUGAUUCAGUUCAGUUUGGUGAUGGGAUGUGGCCAGAAAUACACCCCACACAUGGACAACCAAGUGAAGCUGGAAUACUCAACCAACCACGGCCUUACCUGGCACCUGGUUCAAGAAGAAUGCCUUCCGAGUAUGCCAAGUUGUCAGGAAUUUACCUCAGCAAGUAUUUACCAUGCCAGUGAGUUCACACAGUGGAGAAGAAUAAUAGCACUUCUGCCCCAGAAGACCUGGUCCAGCGCUACCCGCUUCCGUUGGAGUCAGAGCUACUACACAGCCCAAGAUGAAUGGGCUUUAGACGACAUUUACAUCGGCCAGCAGUGCCCCAACAUGUGCAGCGGCCACGGCUCCUGUGACCAUGGCAUGUGCAGGUGUGACCAGGGCUACCACGGCACUGAAUGCCACCCGGAAGCCACCCUUCCUUCCACAAUCAUGUCAGAUUUUGAGAACCAGAACGGCUGGGAGGCCGACUGGCAGGAAGUGAUUGGGGGAGAAAUUGUCAAACCUGAACAAGGGUGUGGAGUCAUCUCUUCUGGAUCAUCUUUAUACUUCAGCAAGGCUGGGAAAAGGCAAUUGGUGAGCUGGGACUUGGAUACAUCCUGGGUGGAUUUCGUCCAGUUCUACAUCCAGAUUGGUGGCGAGAGCACAGCGUGCAACAAGCCGGACAGCCGGGAGGAGGGCGUCCUCCUGCAAUACAGCAACAACGGUGGCAUCCAGUGGCACCUGCUGGCCGAGAUGUACUUCUCAGACUUCAGCAAACCCAGAUUUGUGUAUCUGGAGCUUCCGACUGCUGCAAAGACGCCUUGCACCAGAUUCCGCUGGUGGCAGCCGGUGUUCUCAGGGGAGGACUAUGACCAGUGGGCCAUCGAUGACAUCAUCAUUCUGUCUGAGAAACAGAAGCAAGUCAUCCCAGCUGUCAACCCAACGUUCCCCCAGAACUUCUAUGAGAAGCCAGCCUUUGAUUAUCCUAUGAAUCAGAUGAGCGUGUGGCUGAUGUUGGCUAACGAAGGGCUGGCCAAGAACGAGACUUUCUGUGCUGCCACGCCCUCAGCCAUGGUGUUUGGAAAAUCAGACGGAGACCGCUUUGCAGUCACUCGAGACUUGACUCUGAAACCUGGAUACGUGCUACAAUUCAAGCUCAACAUAGCGUGUGCCAAUCAGUUCAGCACUACAGCCCCAGUCCUUCUGCAGUACUCUCACGAUGCUGGGAUGUCCUGGUUCCUGGUGAAAGAAGGCUGCUACCCAGCUUCAGCAGGCAAAAGCUGUGAGGGCAGUUCCCGAGAACUGAGCGAGCCUACGGUGUAUCACACAGGGGACUUUGAGGAAUGGACUCGAAUCACCAUUGUUAUUCCAAGGUCUCUUGCAUCCAGCAAAACCAGAUUCCGGUGGAUCCAGGAAAGCAGCUCUCAGAAGAACGUGCCCCCUUUUGGUUUGGAUGGGGUGUACAUCUCUGAGCCCUGUCCCAGUUACUGCAGCGGCCAUGGGGACUGCAUCUCGGGCGUGUGCUUCUGUGACCUGGGCUACACCGCUGCCCAGGGAACCUGCGUGUCGAACAUCCCAAACUACAGUGAGAUGUUCGAUAGGUUUGAGGGCAAGCUCAGCCCACUGUGGUACAAGAUAACGGGCGGCCAGGUGGGGACGGGCUGCGGAACGCUCAAUGACGGCAAGUCUCUCUACUUCAGUGGCCCUGGGAAGAGGGAAGCCAGGACCGUGCCUCUGGACACCAGGACUAUCAGACUCGUUCAAUUUUAUGUGCAAAUUGGAAGCAAAACUUCAGGUAUUACCUGCAGCAAGCCGAGAGCUAGAAACGAAGGCCUUGUUGUUCAGUAUUCCAAUGACAAUGGCAUAGGCUGGCAUUUGCUGUGCGAGUUGGAUUUUUCAUCCUUUCUAGAACCAAGGAUCAUUUCCAUUGACCUGCCACGGGAGGCCAAGACUUCUGCGACAGCUUUUCGAUGGUGGCAACCGCAGCACGGGAAGCAUUCAGCCCAGUGGGCUUUGGAUGACGUCCUUAUAGGCAUGAACGACAGCUCUCAAACUGGAUUUCAAGACAAAUUUGACGGCUCCCUAGAUUUGCAAGCCAACUGGUAUCGGAUCCAAGGAGGUCAAGUGGAUAUUGACUGUCUCUCCAUGGACACCGCUCUGAUAUUCACUGAAAACAUAGGAAAGCCUCGUUAUGCUGAGACCUGGGAUUUCCAUGUGUCAGCCUCUACCUUCUUGCAGUUUGAAAUGAGCAUGGGCUGCAGCAAGCCCUUCAGUGACUCCCACAGCGUCCAGCUGCAGUACUCUCUCAACAGUGGCAGGGACUGGCAUCUCGUCACCGAAGAGUGCGUUCCUCCGACCAUUGGCUGUCUGCACUACACCCAAAGUUCCAUUUACACCUCAGAGAGAUUCCAGAAUUGGAAGCGGAUCACUGUCUAUCUCCCGCUCUCCACCAUUUCUCCCAGGACCCGGUUCCGGUGGAUUCAGACCAACUACACAGUGGGAGCCGAUUCCUGGGCCAUGGACAAUGUCGUGCUGGCCUCGGGCUGCCCUUGGAUGUGCUCAGGACGAGGGGUUUGUGAUGCUGGACGCUGUGUGUGUGACCGGGGCUUUGGUGGACCUUCCUGUGUUCCUGUUGUCCCUCUGCCCUCCAUCCUCAAAGAUGACUUCAAUGGAAACUUGCAUCCUGACCUGUGGCCGGAAGUAUAUGGAGCAGAGAGGGGGGAUCUGAAUGGUGAACCCAUCAAAUCCGGAACGUCGCUCGUUUUUAAAGGGGAAGGACUCAGGAUGCUUAUUUCAAGAGAUCUGGAUUGUACCAAUACCAUGUAUGUCCAGUUUUCCCUUAGAUUUAUCGCCAAAGGUACGCCAGAAAGAUCUCACUGCAUUCUCUUGCAAUUCUCCGUCACUGGAGGAAUCACUUGGCACCUGAUGGAUGAAUUUUACUUCCCUCAAACAACCAAUAUACUUUUCAUCAAUGUUCCCCUGCCCUACACCGCCCAAACCAAUGCCACAAGAUUCAGACUCUGGCAGCCUUACAAUAAUGGUAAGAAAGAAGAAAUCUGGAUUGUUGAUGACUUCGUUAUUGAUGGAAAUAACUUACACAACCCUGUGAUGCUUCUGGACACAUUUGACUUUGGACCCAGAGAAGACAACUGGUUUUUCUACCCUGGUGGUAACAUUGGUCUUUAUUGCCCGUAUUCUUCAAAGGGAGCCCCGGAGGAAGAUUCAGCCAUGGUGUUUGUCUCCAAUGAGGUUGGGGAACACUCCAUUACGACCCGUGACCUCAGUGUGAAUGAGAACACCAUCAUACAGUUUGAGAUCAAUGUCGGAUGCUCCACGGAUAGCUCAUCUGCUGAUCCGGUCAGACUGGAAUUCUCAAGGGACUUUGGGGCCACGUGGCACCUGCUGCUGCCUCUCUGCUCUCACAGCAGCAGCCAUGUGAGCUCCUUGUGCUCCACCGAGCACCACCCAAGCAGCACCUACUAUGCAGGCACCACCCAGGGCUGGAGGAGGGAGGUCGUGCACUUCGGGAAGCUGCGCUUGUGCGGAUCUGUACGUUUCAGAUGGUACCAGGGAUUUUAUCCUGCUGGCUCUCAGCCAGUGACGUGGGCCAUUGACAAUGUCUACAUUGGCCCCCAGUGUGAAGAGAUGUGUAACGGCCAUGGAAGCUGUAUCAACGGAACCAAGUGCAUCUGUGAUCCUGGCUACUCAGGGCCAACCUGCAAGAUCAGCACCAAAAAUCCUGAUUUUCUCAAGGACGAUUUUGAAGGUCAGCUCGAGUCUGACAGAUUCCUGUUAAUGAGUGGUGGAAAGCCAUCUCGGAAGUGUGGGAUCCUCUCCAGUGGAAACAACCUCUUUUUCAAUGAAGACGGCCUGCGCAUGUUGAUGACUCGAGACCUGGAUUUAUCACAUGCUAGGUUCGUGCAGUUCUUUAUGAGGCUGGGCUGUGGCAAAGGCGUGCCGGACCCCCGGAGCCAGCCCGUGCUGCUGCAGUACUCUCGCAACGGAGGCCUCUCCUGGAGUCUCCUGCAGGAGUUCCUCUUCAGCAACGCCAGCAACGUGGGCAGGUACAUCGCCCUGGAAAUACCGCUGAAAGCCCGCUCCGGGUCCACGCGCCUGCGCUGGUGGCAGCCGUCGGAAAGUGGCCACUUCUACGGCCCCUGGGUUAUCGAUCAGAUUCUGAUUGGUGGGAAUAUUUCUGGCAAUACAGUCUUGGAAGAUGAUUUCACAGGUCUGGAUAGCCGGAAGUGGCUACUCCACCCUGGGGGCACCAAGAUGCCCGUAUGUGGCUCCUCUGGUGAUGCCCUUGUCUUCAUCGAGAAGGCCAGCACCCGUUACGUGGUCACCACGGAUAUCGCAGUGAAUGAGGACUCGUUCCUACAGAUGGAUUUUGCUGCCUCCUGCUCGGUUACAGACUCCUGCUAUGCGAUUGAGUUGGAGUACUCCGUGGACCUUGGCUUGUCGUGGCACCCACUGCUACGGGACUGCUUGCCCACCAACGUUGAGUGCAAUCACUACCACCUGCAGCGGAUCCUGGUGUCAGAUACUUUCAACAAGUGGACCAGGAUCACUCUGCCCCUCCCUCCGUACACCAGGUCCCAAGCCACUCGUUUCCGUUGGCAUCAACCGGCUCCUUUCGACAAACAGCAGACGUGGGCAAUAGAUAAUGUCUAUAUCGGAGAUGGCUGUGUGGACAUGUGCAGUGGCCACGGGAGAUGUGUCCAGGGGAAUUGCGUCUGCGAUGAGCAGUGGGGUGGCCUGUACUGCGAUGAGCCGGAGGCCCCCCUUCCAACCCAACUCAAAGACAACUUCAAUCGAGCUCCAUCCAACCAGAACUGGCUGACUGUGAACGGGGGAAAACUGAGCACCGUGUGCGGAGCGGUGGCUUCAGGAAUGGCUCUCCAUUUCAGCGGGGGUUGCAGUCGAUUGUUAGUCACUGUGGAUCUGAACCUCACUAACGCCGAGUUCAUCCAGUUUUACUUCAUGUACGGAUGCCUCAUUACACCCAACAACCGUAACCAAGGCGUUCUUUUGGAAUAUUCUGUCAACGGAGGUACCACCUGGAACCUGCUCAUGGAAAUCUUCUACGACCAGUACACCAAGCCCGGGUUCGUGAAUAUCCUUCUCCCUCCCGAUGCUAAAGAGGUCGCUACUCGCUUCCGCUGGUGGCAACCCAAACACGAUGGCCUGGAUCAGAACGACUGGGCCAUCGACAAUGUCCUCAUCUCGGGCUCCGCCGACCAGCGGACGGUGAUGCUGGACACCUUCAGCACCGCGCCAGUGCCCCAGCAUGAACGAUCCCCAGCCGACGCGGGGCCCGUGGGGAGGAUCGCCUUUGACAUGUUUAUGGAGGACAAAACUGAAGUGAAUGAGCACUGGUUAUUCCAUGAUGACUGUAUGGUUGAACGAUUCUGUCACUCGCCUGAUGGAGUGAUGAUCUGUGGGAGCCAUGAUGGCCGAGAGGUGUAUGCCGUGACCCAUGACCUGACGCCCACUGAAGGAUGGAUCAUGCAAUUCAAGAUUUCUGUUGGAUGUAAAGUGCCUGAAAAAAUUGCACAGAACCAAAUCCAUGUGCAGUAUUCCACUGACUUUGGUGUGAGCUGGAAUUACCUGGUGCCUCAGUGCCUCCCUGCAGACCCAAAAUGCUCUGGAAGUGUUUCUCAGCCAUCUGUAUUCUUUCCUACCAAAGGAUGGAAAAGGAUCACCUACCCACUUCCUGAGAGCUUAGUGGGAAAUCCUGUGAGAUUCAGGUUUUAUCAGAAGCACUCAGACAUACAGUGGGCGAUCGAUAACUUCUACCUGGGUCCUGGAUGCUUGGACAACUGCAGAGGCCAUGGGGAUUGCUUAAAGGAACAGUGCAUCUGUGAUCCGGGAUACUCUGGGCCCAACUGCUACUUGACACAUACUCUGAAGACUUUCCUGAAGGAACGCUUCGACAGUGAAGAAAUCAAGCCUGACCUGUGGAUGUCCCUGGAGGGUGGAAACACGUGUACCGAUUGUGGUGUUCUCGCCGAGGACACUGCGCUCUACUUUGGGGGAUCCACGGUGAGACAAGCAAUUACGCAAGAUCUGGAUCUCAGAGGUGCCAAAUUCCUACAGUACUGGGGCCGCAUCGGCAGUGAGAACAACAUGACCUCCUGCCAUCGGCCGGUCUGCCGGAAGGAAGGCGUGCUGCUGGACUACUCGACUGAUGGAGGAAUCACAUGGACUUUGCUGCACGAGAUGGAUUUCCAAAAAUACAUCUCCGUUAGACACGACUACAUCCUUCUGCCCGAGGACGCCCUCAGCAACACAACUCGCCUACGCUGGUGGCAGCCUUUUGUCAUCAGCAACGGAAUCGUGGUCUCUGGGGUGGAGCGUGCUCAGUGGGCACUCGACAAUAUCUUGAUUGGAGGGGCGGAAAUCAACCCCAGUCAGUUGGUGGACACCUUUGAUGAUGAAGGGACCUCUCAUGAAGAAAACUGGAGUUUUUACCCUAACGCAGUGAGAACAGCAGGAUUCUGCGGCAAUCCAUCCUUCCACCUCUACUGGCCCAGUGAGAAGAAGGACAAGACCCACAAUGCACUCUCCUCCCGGGAACUCAUCAUACAGCCGGGAUACAUGAUGCAGUUUAAGAUUGUGGUGGGAUGCGAAGCCACUUCCUGCGGUGACCUCCAUUCCGUAAUGUUGGAGUACACUAAGGACGCAAGAUCCGAUUCCUGGCAGCUCGUCCAGACCCAGUGCCUGCCUUCCUCCUCCAACAGCAUCGGCUGCUCCCCGUUCCAGUUCCAUGAAGCCACCAUCUACAAUGCGGUCAACAGCUCCAGUUGGAAGAGAAUCACCAUCCAGCUGCCUGACCACGUCUCCUCCAGUGCCACCCAGUUCCGCUGGAUUCAGAAGGGAGAAGAAGCUGAGAAGCAGAGCUGGGCGAUUGACCACGUGUACAUUGGAGAGGCCUGCCCCAAGCUGUGCAGUGGGCACGGCUACUGCACCACGGGAGCCGUCUGCAUCUGUGAUGCUAAUUUCCAAGGGGACGACUGCUCUGUAUUCACUCACGACCUUCCCAGCUCCAUUAAAGAUAACUUCGAGUCAGCAAGAGUCACAGAGGCCAACUGGGAAACCAUCCAGGGUGGCUCCAUAGGAAGUGGCUGCGGGCAGCUGGCACCCUACGCCCAUGGGGACUCUCUGUAUUUUAACGGCUGUCAAGUUAGGCAAGCUGCAACCAAACCUCUAGAUCUCACCCGCGCAAGUAAAAUCAUGUUUGUUUUACAAAUUGGGAGCACGUCACAGACGGACAGCUGUAACAGUGACCUGAGCAGCCCCCACGCUGUGGACAAAGCUGUACUCCUGCAGUACAGCGUCAACAAUGGCAUCACCUGGCACGUCAUCGCCCAGCACCAGCCAAAGGACUUCACGCAAGCCCAGCGAGUGUCUUACAACGUGCCCCUGGAGGCGCGAAUGAAAGGAGUUUUGUUGCGCUGGUGGCAACCACGCCACAAUGGAACAGGUCAUGAUCAGUGGGCUUUGGACCACGUGGAGGUCGUCCUCACUCGCAAACAAAAUUACAUGAUGAAUUUUUCACGCCAACAUGGGCUCAGGCACUUCUACAACAGAAGACGAAGGUCACUUAGACGAUACCCAUGAAGAAUCAAAAAAGUCUAUUUUUUUUUUCCUUCUGACAUGUGAUGUGUUGCUUUCCAUCCUUUGAAACCUCUCACUGCAUCUGAUAUCAGGAACUGUCCGUGAAGAACUCACCGACAUCCCUUCCCUGGAACAAGUGUCCACCACUUUCCCACACUGUGAACUAAUGACAAGUGACUUAUUUGCUCAUCACUACAUGUCUUCAUGUUGAUUGUGUCCGUGGAAAAUCGUGAUCUGUUGUAAUAUCAGUUACAGUGGCAGUUUUGAGAAUAAGAAAUAGUUUAACAGGAAAAAAAAAAGUUUAAGCACAAAAA